GUGCCCAAUUUGAAUUAGAUCCCUUUCUGCUCCUGACUCACACAGGGAAGGCAAGCAGUAUAAAAACACAGGAUUUUAGACAUUUCCCAGCUAACAGAUUAAUGCAAUACACAAGGACAUUACAAAAAGCAAACAAGAAGAGACACUACUAGUUUGGUCAAUGAUGUCUUUGAUUUGGCUCCUGUUAUAUGCAUACAUCCAUGCCAUUUCUGGCAUGAUCUUAUUUGGGGACAUGGCUGAUCAGGACAGCCCCAUUAGUGUGAGUAUCCCUGUUGAACCACCACUGCGUCCCCUAUUGGGGGGAAGCAUGAUUAUACCUUGCUACUUCCAGGACAACACUGUCCAGGACCCUGGCGCCCCAACCACUGCCCCACUUCCCCACCGUAUUAAGUGGAGCUACAUCUACAAGGGCAGAAUAUCUCUUAUUCUUGUUGCCAGUGGGGGUGUGGUGCAGGUUGAGACAGACUACGUGGACCGGGUUCAUUUGGUAAACUACCCCAUGGUGCCAACUGACGCCACCAUUGAGAUCUCAGAACUCCACUCCAGUGACUCCGGCACCUACCGCUGUGAGGUUAUGCAGGGGAUUGAAGACAACUACGAUUCUGUAGAAAUGCAAGUCCAAGGCAUUGUGUUUCACUACCGAGCAAUAUCUACCCGAUAUACCUUGACAUUUGAGAUGGCAAAGGCAGCCUGCAUCCAGAACAGUGCUGUUAUUGCAACUCCCGCACAGUUGCAAGCUGCCUAUGAUGAUGGAUACCAUCAAUGUGAUGCUGGUUGGCUUUCAGACCAAACUGUGAGGUAUCCAAUUCAUGAGCCAAGGGAGCCUUGCUAUGGAGACAAAGAAAAUUUCCCAGGAGUACGAACAUAUGGAGUCAGAGACAUCAAUGAGACCUAUGACGUGUACUGUUUUGCAGAGAAAAUGUCAGGUAGUGUGUUCUACUCUAUGUCUGUGGAGAAGUUCACCUUUGCAGAGGCUGAAGACCAGUGUGCAAAUUUGGGAGCCCAACUGGCCACCACAGGGCAACUCUACCUUGCAUGGAAGGCUGGUAUGGAUGUGUGCAAUGCUGGCUGGCUGGCAGACAGGAGUGUGAGGUACCCCAUUAACAUAGCUCGACCCCAGUGUGGUGGGGGGCUUUUGGGAGUGCGAACAGUGUACCUGUUUCCAAAUCAGACUGGUUAUCCAUACCCAGACUCCCGCUAUGAUGCAAUAUGUUAUGCAGAAAAAGAAGAUAAGGUUUCAACAAAGACCUCACCAUUUCCUAAAAUAUCCACUACCACGGAUUCCAUGAUCAGUGUGGCUACAUUCACCUCGAGCCCUUCAGACUAUACUGAAGAGGUGAACACAGGAGAAGAGGUCCGUGGUCAGCUAGUGACAGAAGAGCCUCUUAACACCACAAGCAUAGAAAGUCCUCUACCUUUACUUCCCAACAUAACUGAGGUUGAGGAGGACAUUAUUAAUGUGGCCACGGCUCGGCCUUACUUGGGAUAUGAGAUUCCCAUGGACAAUGAAACUGCUGAAACUAAGGGAGUGGUAUUCCACUAUCGUGCUGACUCCGGACGCUAUGCUUACACCUUUGAAGAAGCACAAGUGGCAUGUCAGAAGCUGGGAGCAAUCAUAGCCACCCCUGAGCUUCUUCAGGUGGCUUAUGAAGCUGGCCUUCAUCAAUGCAGUGCAGGUUGGCUAAAGGACCAGACUGUCAGAUAUCCAACUGUGAAUCCUCAAAAGAAGUGCUCCGGAGAUCAGAAGGACCUCCCUGGCAUACACUCUUACAAUGUCAGGCCUGCACAUGAGCGGUAUGAUGUGUACUGUUAUAUGGAACAGAUAAAGGGAGAGAUCUUCCAUGUGAGCUCAUUAGCAGGCUUCACCUACUAUGAAGCUGUUGCCCAUUGCAUAAAACUGGGAUCUACUCUUGCUUCAACUGGAGAACUGUUCGCCUCAUGGAAUGAAGGUUUCCACAAGUGCAGUCCAGGCUGGCUGUCUGAUCGCAGUGUGCGCUAUCCUGUCCACAACCUAGGCUUUGGUUGUGGUGAAAACAAGACAGGAGUGCAUACUAUUUAUACUCAACCAAACCAAACAGGCUUCCCAAACCCAUACUCCAGAUAUGAUGCAUAUUGCAUCAGAGCAAAUCUGUCUAUGCUGCUUGAUGAAGAUAUGAUGAACACUACAAAGAUGGGGAUGGAUCUUAACAUGACAGAUAUAACAGAGCUACUGAGACCUGUUCGCCCAAUUGUCCCUCCCUUGCUUGUGGAACUGUCUGGAUCUGGAUCUGGAUCUGGAUCGAGCUCGGGCUCAACAUCAGCAUCAGGUGAUCCUGAUUCCAGUUCUGGGUACAUGUCAGGGAGUGGCAUACCCAGUGGGAGCAUAUCCGGUUCUGGCCAAAGUGGUGAUGGAUCAGGUCACCUUGUGAGGUACCAAGAAGGUGCAGAUACACUCAUGUGGCAAACUUCUGCCUCCGGCAGCACUAUGGAGGCAAGAGAAGGUAGUGGCAGUGGCAGUGGUGUUAUCAUUACUUCAGUAUCAUCAGGGGAUCAAGAAUCUGGAGAGGAAUCUGGACUCUUUUAUGAACAAAGUGGCAGAGGACCUGGCAGUGGAUCUAGUGGUUCAGGAACAAGUGGAUUCUUCAGUGGUGAGGAAUCAAGCCUUCCAUCAGGAUUUGGCAGUGGAUCUAGUGGUUCAGGAACAAGUGGAUUCUUCAGUGGUGAGGAAUCAAGCCUUCCAUCAGGAUUUGGCAGUGGAUCUAGUGGUUCAGGAACAAGUGGAUUCUUCAGUGGUGAGGAAUCAAGCCUUCCAUCAGGACAUGGUAGUGGAUCUAGUGGUUCAGGAACAAGUGGAUUCUUCAGUGGUGAGGAAUCAAGCCUUCCAUCAGGACAUGGUAGUGGAUCUAGUGGUUCAGGAACAAGUGGAUUCUUCAGUGGUGAGGAAUCAAGCCUUCCAUCAGGACAUGGUAGUGGAUCUAGUGGUUCAGGAACAAGUGGGUCCUUCAGUGGUGAGGAAUCGAGUGGGUCGGGCUUCUCUGGUGUAUCAUUUAUAAACACAGAAAUGAUAGAUAUGACUGCAAGUACUUCUGGAAAACAGGAAUUGUCUGGUGUUUCUCCAUUCGACUUGACUGAUGUUAGUGGUCUCAGCUCUGCUUUUGGAUCUGGUUCUGCCUCUGGAUCUGGCUCUGCCAUUGGCUUUGGAUCUGGCACCAUCAUUGACUUUGCAUCUGGUUCUGCCAUUGGCUUUCGAUCUGGCUCUGCUUCUGGAGCUUCAGGUUAUCCCAGCGAUCCCUCUGGUGAGGUAUCUGGCCACAUUCAGAGUCAGGAUGGAAAGAUUGUCAUUCUAACGGAUGAUGAGGUUGAGUUGAUGUUUAGGCCUACAAUUGGAACAGAACAGGGUCGUGGAUCAGUGGAGAUCAGUGGAGAGGGCAGUAGUCAAGAACAUUAUGCUGAGGACGUCUCCAUAUCUCUUUCUAAUAGUACUUCAUAUGAAGAUUAUUGGAGUGUCAAUGAAACUGUUGAUCUCCUACCAGAAGGACAAAAUCAACUUAAAGUCAUCACUGAGGCAUUUGAUGUGACUGAUCAGUCACCACUGAACACAACACCAUCCACGACUUCUAUACUCAUUACUCCACCUUCAGCUGUACUACAAACACCAAAAGCUAUGGAGGAGCCAUUUUUAACUGAUGCGGUACAGGGAUGUGCUGAGGGGUGGAUGGAGUUCAUGGGCAGCUGUUAUAUUCAUUUUGAUGUGCGUGAGACCUGGACCACUGCUGAGCAGCACUGUCAAGAGCUAAACUCUCACCUGGUUAGCAUAUCCUCCCAACAAGAACAAGUGUUUGUAAAAAAUCAAGCUCGUGACUAUCAAUGGAUUGGACUUAAUGACAAGGAUGAGCAAAAUCAGUUUCGCUGGACAGACGGAAGCCCUUUGAAAUAUGAAAACUGGAGACCCAAUCAGCCAGAUAAUUACUUCAGCACCGGAGAAGACUGUGUUGUAAUGAUAUUGCAUGAGGAUGGCCAGUGGAACGAUGUACCCUGCAACUAUCAUCUUCCUUUUACUUGCAAGAGUGGACCUGUCACGUGUUCAUCACCUCCUGAAGUGAAGAAUGCCAGGAUGUUAGGCAACAGCAAAGAUCGCUACCCUGUUAAUUCUUCAAUUCGAUACCAGUGUGACAGUGGAUUCACACAGCGCCACCUUUCAGUGGUACGUUGCUUACCUGACGGGCAGUGGGAGGAGCCAAAAGUGGAAUGCAUAGGAGGUGAAACAAACAACAGGCUACGGAAAAGAUCCCUCAAGACACAUCCCAAAGCAGUCAAUAGUCGAACGUGGAGGAAAGUCCUCUAAACAAGACAAAAAAAAAACACACCUAAAAACAUUCAGAGGACUGUUAUUAAUAAAGAUCAUCUCAAAGACAAGGGAAUAACUUAUGUAAUGACAAACUUUACUUAGUCCAUCUGGCUGAUUGGUUUACAAGUGCUACUCAGAGCUCUGUUUUGGGGAAAAUAAAGAUUUUAUUCCUCCCAUUUAUGUAACUUCUGGGCCACGGGAUGAUAAUCUAAUCUAAAAAGAAUAGACUUAAUUUCACAGAGCCCCCCUUGAGUUUUGACUUUAAUUAUUACAUAAUCACUGCUUAGUGCCUAAUAUUACAAGCAAAGCACAGAAUUUACUUUACCAUUAGUGCAAGUCUUGAAAGGUUUGCUCCAGGCCACAAGUUAACACUAAUGUGUGAAUGUUUCCCACUUUCUCUCUAACAAUUUGCACAAUCCAAAACUGUGAUGUGGCCAUGUAUGUUCAGAAGGGAAGACUACUACUUAGUGAAUAUGGCUAAGUAGUACUGCCUACAAUUAAAAAAUAAAAUAAAUAAAAUAAGUGAAAGAGUAGGCAUUGACAUGACCAUCACAUGACUUAUAUACUCUGCAUAUGAGCGACGGUGACAAAAUUUGCAUACUCUGCACAGUAUACAUUAUACAGCAAUAGUACAGGUAGUGUAGAAUUAUGCAGAAUAAACAUAGUCUCUACAAUCCCCAAUAUUGCCCCUUCAUACUUAACAAUAACUGAUGACUGGAAAAUGCAUUUUUGAAUAUGUAGAAACACAAUACCAGUAUUGGGGCAUUUUUUAGAGUUUAGUUUUGUCACAUACUGUUUGCAUUUGAAUGUAAGUGUUUGUAUCGAGCUCCGUAAUUACCUUAGCUUAACUUUUAGGUUCAUGCAUUUACAUGUGGCAACAUUGGCCUUGCAUUCCUUUUUAUUUUAUUCAAUUUAAAAGGAGGACACAGGGGGUUGUGGGCAAUAUUAACCCAAACAGCACAGAAGAACUUUGGAAAUCUGCCAGAAAUAGUGUACCAUCCUGGCACCUUUGGCAUACUAUUUUCAACAUAUUAUGAUGGCAAAAAGAAAAAAAAAUCCUAUUUAGGGCAGACGGUGUGCGAAGUGAACAUCUGUGCAUUAGAUAGCACAAAGGUUAUACUGUCUGUGUACCUCUGGGCAACAAUAAAAACAAGACAAAAGGCUUUAAUGACCACAGCUGGACACAAUUACAUUUAAGUACAUUAGUAUUUCAAAUUCUUUAAUUAAGAUGUGUCUUUUUAUGUAUAUUGUUGUUUGUUGUAGUUUAAAUGUCUAGUUGUAUUUCUGUGAAACUGUGAAAGAUACAUUCCCCAGCUUUUCGCUUCUGAUUCUAGGUCAGCUUGCAAUAGUAUACAAAUGUUUACUCCGAUUAGAAAGAUUUAUUAAUUCAUUAGCUCAUAUGAUUCGGCUUGGCCUACAAAACAGAUUUAACCUCUAAUAUUGCCUUAUAGAGACAAACAUACAUUUUCAAAAAAGACAGUAUUACAAGAUGAAUUUUUUUUAAUGGCCUAAAAGUGUUUAAAAAUCCAUAGUAAUAGCCAACACACAAAGUGUGUGCCACAAUGUUGAUGGAAAGAGUCAAUCGUUUCCAGUAGAGCAAUUUCUCAUUAAUUUUGCACUCUGUCACUGUCAGCCCUUCGCUGAGCUCAUAUCUGUCUUAGUACCCCUAAAAUAAACAGACUAAAUGUG